AUGAAAGUCUUUCGGUCUCUCAACUGCGUUGUCUGCAAGUUGCCAUUUGCUCGAGAAGCCAACGAGAAUCGAUCACCGCGACAUUUAGUGUGCGGAUCGGCGAUGUGUCACGAAUGUUUCGAGAAGGAGUGGCGGUUGGAGAAAAAGGAGAGGAAACAUCAAUGUGUUUGGGGGGAAGACUGCUUUGACAGUCUCGAUUUUGCAUUUUACCUGGUUGAUGUUCUAUCACAAGAAGAUUCCUUGGCACUUUCACCUUUGGGAGAUGGUUAUUUGCUUGUCAAGCCCUUCAAAAUUCCCGAAUGUCCAAUUUGUCAUGAUGAAUAUUCGAAUCAAGUUGACGGAAAGAAAUCGUUUGCACUCUUUUGCAAUCACCUUAUCUAUUUCCUGAAUGAAUUGCCAAUGAUGACAUGUCAAAUGGAAGGAAUGAGGAAUACUGGUGUUUGUGAUGAUUGCAAGAAGACGCGCAGUAUUGACGAGAUGUAUCUCUGUAAUGAAUGCGAUUUGAAGUUUGCCUUAUUGAGGAGCAUCGAUCUCAUGAGACAACGCGACUUU